GUCUGCGCAAGUGCGUGGUGACACUGCGCAGCAUAUCCGGCGUCUUUAUAUUCAGUAUACUCUUCAACCUUCGAUGUUAAUCGGUUGCUUUCUGUGUUCACAUAUUUUUGUCCACCGUGUAUGUGACAUCGAAGUGUCAUAAAGUGCUUCAAAGUUAGAAAUAAGAGUAGAAGGGUCCCCUUGAGUUGCGCGAAACAGUUUUUAGGUAUCUGCAGCAGCCAGAGAUGGAGAAGUCUACCAUGCAUGGUGCUGUACAAAACAUUCGCCAGAGUUGGCCGCAUGGUGCAGCACCAGUACGUAGCGGCAAGCAAAUCCCGAGGGUAGAAAUUCAACCCUCUUGGCAGGAAUCCACUGGAAUCCAUCAAUGUUCGAUCAAUCUGACCAUUCAGUAUCCUUCACCGAAGAAGAUUGACCGUACAGGAAACGUAAUCUCUCUCAUCCAAUUCGAGGAUGCAAGCGCAACGAGAAGGCAGCGGCUACCAUUCACGCGAAGAAACAGUUUAAGGGGUCAUUCGGAGGGACGAUGACUUACGUUGCACAGGGAAACGCAACGAUCGCGGGGUAGAGGAAGAAAAUUAGAAAAUUUACAAAUGGCUGAGGGUCAGAAUCGAUAUCGUGACGCAAGGAACCUUGAAAGUUUUCGAGGUCGAGGUGCCUUCCUCUCCGUAUCAGCGAGCCCAUACAGCGUGUUACAUCGAGAUUGAUGCGUGUGAAGUUCGCGUACAGUCGAACACCUUGAAGAGAAACGCAUCGGAAGGAAAACAAUGAUAAUUGCUUCGAUUUUCACGCGAAAGUGUUUUGAUUAGAUCGAGCCUCGUUGACGCUUAAACACACCGUCGUCGACAAUGAGUUUCUUCAAUUCGUUGCAACAGUACGUGACCGACAGUGUCGCGAGUUUAAGUUUGAGCCCGAAGAGAUUCUCGUUCAGUCGAGAAGACUCGACGACCAGCGGGACCGGAAGAAGCGGAUCCACCGGAAGCGUGACCGGUGCUAAUAAUACUAACUCCACCGCGCAACAGUCGACUCCUCAUGGCUAUCCAAAGGUGGUGCCACCCCCCGGGACGGUCACGUCCUCCCACAGCCGUUCCUUGUCGACGCGAAGACGGACCCUCGAGGGGACUUCCAGCCCCGGUUUGACGGUGCAUCCGGCUACCGGAAGUGCGUCGGGUAGCACCUCGCCCCGGAGGGUUGGCUCUUUUCGCAGAAGCACCGGUUCGGCGGAUCGACCGCCUUUGAUGUUCUGCAGAAGGAGACCCUCUUGGCCGGAGGUCGACAUACAAGCCACAUCCGGGGUUCAAGAGACAGACGGUUCCUUCUUCGAAAGUUUCACCGCAUUAUCCUGGAAGCAGCAAAAUCGAAGGCUGGUAGUUUUACAAGAGGUGGAGGCCAGAGCGAAGGAACCACCGCCCCCGUCCAGAGACAGCAGUUUGACAUCAUCGCAACCCUAUCGUUUCAGCAAAAAGGAGUUGGAGCAAUUGUACAUAGAAGUCCUUUACACGAUUGCCAACACGGUGGGAGCCAGUACAGGACAAUACGCCCACUACAAAGAGGAUCUUUACAGAUAUGCACAAGAGGCUUUUGAAGUUCCACAGGAUCAACAUCGACGAUAUUUGAAUAUUGCAUCCGAGGAGAAGCCUCCCAUCGUUGUCCUAAAUGUGGUGGUCGUCGAGGCGGAAGGACUCGAGGCCAAAGAUGCAAAUGGAUUCAGCGAUCCUUACUGUAUGCUGGGAAUUCAACCGGGCAACACAGGUGCACCAUUGAGUCCACAGACGAAUUUAACAGCCCAUUCACCCCAUACACCCCCUGCAUCACCCAGGCAAGCAACACGUGCUCUUUCUGACGGGGCUGAAACGGAAAAUUCCCAUCAUGAGAAACUACGGAAGCAUCAUAGUUUCAGAUUGUCGUUCAAGCGGAAAGAGCACACGAGCAGACGCGAGCAUCGAGAAUCCUUAAGCGGUGCGGUGCCGGCGAAGUUUAUACGCGCGACCAGCGUGAAGCCGCACACGCUCAGCCCACGAUGGAACGAGAAGUUUCGUUUCGACAUCGAUGACAUCAACACGGACAUUCUACACCUGGACAUAUGGGACCACGACGACGAGUCCUCGGUGUUUGACGCGGUUAGCAAGCUGAACGAAGUCCGCGGGGUCAAAGGACUCGGACGUUUCUUCAAGCAAAUCGCUCAGAGCGCGAGAUCCGGGGGUCAGGAUGAUUUUCUUGGUUGCGUGAAUAUUCCUCUUCAGGAUAUUCCUAGCACCGGUCUUGAUCGAUGGUACAAACUAGAGGCCAGAACGCAACGAAGCACUAUUCAGGGUAGAAUUAGAUUAAAGCUACGGCUGUCAACUAGAGAAGACAGGGGAACGUCGGAGGAAGACAACUGGGGUGAACUGAGACAGCAGAAAAGACUUUACACGGUCUUUCUCAAUCAUGAAAUGAAUAAACAAGGGGAAGAUUUCACAGGAGAAUUGCCACAAACGGCACUAACGAUUCUUCAUCAACACGCCGUCCAAGGUGAUGUCACGGAACUGCAACAAGCAUUAGUUAAAUGGGUAGCAACAUCCAGGCAACCGACUUGCGAUCCAAGGAUCCUUCAUCGCCUUCUUCAGGAACUAGACAAUCUCUGGCACACGGACACCCUAUCUCGAGACGAGGAGCAAUGUCUUGCCGAUUCUUUUAAUGAAUUUCUCGAAGUUACGUUGAAGAAAGUUCGACAGCAUCGAGUACUCUUCCCACCGCUGCAUCGAUCAUCCAUUUCCAAACUGGAUUAUCUACUUAAAUGUUUAGGAUUACUGUCAAACAUGAAAGCUUUCCGAACCUGUUGCCCGUUCAACAAGGAAAUUCGUGGAGAAAUUAUAACUGCCCUGAGAAAAGGAACUCUUGAAUGGUACGAAGAUACGAGGCAGCAGACAAUGUGUUACGAUAAGGAACCCGAUCAGGAUGCAGAUAAAGUCUUGCAAGACUUUACGAACUUAGUAACUGCAUUACUCGUAGACUUGGAACAGGGACUCACUUACUAUAAUAGCCUUUUCGAAAGCACGAACGGCGUGCCAUAUUUCUCGGCAGUGUAUAAACAAUUGGACAAACUGCUGGCGGAACACGUGGUGAAACACAUGGAGAACACAUCCGAGAUGCAAAACGAGCUGGGAGCAAGAGUCACAACAGCUUGUCUUCAGCUUCAUGGUCAGAACGGAGACGACGAGUACGUGCUACCCCCGGGGGCGGAGAUAGGAACUCCGAUGUUCGAGUUGUAUUUGGCUCUGCAAGACUUUGUAUUUAUGAAGGAAAACCUGCCGCAGUCAGAUCAUAAAACUUUGGCGAUUUGCAAGUAUUACGAGUGGUUCCGACCAGCUGUCGACAAAUGGUUGGAUCUUGCUAAACUAAAAGCUAUCCAACGUGUAAGGAAAUCGGCUGAACUGGAUCGAAUAUGCACCGGUGAAUACAUAGUGAAGCAUUGUACGUCUGCUAUUGAUGUUACAGCCUGCUUCUAUCAGAUCAAAGAAUUUUGGAAAAAGCUAGCCUGGCCUGAUUUACCUGGAUCUUACAACUUGGUCCUGAAAGUGGUCGAUGCAAUAUGCAGUUCAGCAGCUUACUAUGCAGAAAUUACACACCAGAAACUAGCUGACAGUGGAUAUUACGAGGAGCAAACGCCUUAUAAGACAACAGACGAGGUAAUCGCUCAGAUGUGCGUGGCAAUCAAUGGCCUCGAAUACGUCCGGAGAUGGCUUCUGGAUUUAGGGGAGGAACUACAUGUCGAGAAGCUUUUGACAGCUUUGGAGUGUCAAGCCGGCGAAUCAGCUCGGAUGCAGUGGAGGACUGCUUUGACAACGCCACUUGAACAGACACCGGGACAAAUGUUGCUGUUCAUUAAUCAGAUCGUUUCAAGAAUCGGCACGAAGAUGAGACCACCUUUGAAGAAGGCGAUGUUCCAUCUGGCUUGGUCACCGGACAGUUUACCCACUGCUGAGGCAAUCGCACCUUUGUUGGAAUAUUUAGAUGUUCAUUUGGUAGCGUUAAACUCCGCUCUCCUUGUGGUAAAUUUCAAUCGAGUCCUCCAAGACAUCUGGGAGGUGGUACUUGCAGAACUUAGUAAUCAGAUGGAUGGGAACGCAGGUGACAAACCAGCGAUGUUUUACGAAAGACUCCACGAGGCACUGGAUCUGUUGAUCAAAUUCUUCCACGCGGACGAGAAGGGUUUACCAUACGAUGCGCUUCAUUGUCAAAGUUUUUUGAACGUCGAGGAACGACUGCAGUACCAUAAAAUGGACACGACGUUCUUGAUUGAUCGAUUUUAUCGACAACGACUUCAGGACCAAUUGAACACCGUGGCUUCCGAGUACGGUGUUCUAACAGUGAGAGCGUAUCUAAAUCAUGAUUCCCUCUGUGUUGAAGUUAUAAACGCCAGAGAUGUGAUACCAUUAGAUCCGAAUGGUUUCAGUGAUCCAUUCGUCAUCAUCGAAUUGCUACCACGAAGAGUGUUCGAGCAUUGUGCCGAGCAGAGGACCAACGUGAAGAAGAAGACUCUGAACCCUAUGUUCGACGAAUGUUUCGAAUUCUCAGUAAGUGUCGAGCAAUGCCGGAGUCCAGAUUCUAUGGUACUGUUCACGGUGAUGGACCGUGAUGUCCUCACGGCUGAUGACUUCGCUGGCGAAGCAUUCUUAGGGCUAAGCACCAUACCAGGUGUGGCCGACACGAAUGCGAGCAUAGACAAUUUCCAUGGCCUCAAACACACCGAGCUGCCUCUUAUGCAGCAAAAGAAUCGAAGUCACCCGAUUCUUCAAAUUCUGGAGACGAGAGUCGGUGACAAAGUGGCCCUCGACUUCGUUAAGAAGCAGAAACAACGAUUCGCAUCGACGUAAAACGGGUCCAUGGCUAAUAGAGCACCGCGGAAACAAAUCAGUUUUGUUCGUGAUACAUUAAUAUCGUAUUGACUCUAUUUAUCGAUCAAUGAAAAAAAAAAAGGAAGUUAAGAGAUUUAUCCGCGGAUAGCUCGUCGACUCUGUUCCCCGUUCGUCCUGAAAUUUGCCAGACCUUUCUCAGUGUAAAUCGUGUUGAAUAUAAUCGGUGUUGGUAACUAAAGAAAUUAACUAAGAAAAGUCA